UAUCUUCCAUGACGAAGGGUUUUGGCACAGUUGCACGAAUGGAAACGAAGAGUAGAACCCUCAGGAGGCGGACGCUGGACGGUACGAUGGGAUGGGGAAAUCCCGGAGGGAGAAGUCCUAGUGCCUCCAGUCCUGCCUGAGCCGUUCGUGCCGCAUCUCAUCCUCCCGCGGAUCUAAGCAUGAUCUUCCGUCACCCGUUUCACCUCCUCGUCGCCACGUGGAUCUUGGGGGUCGAAGGGCAGAUCUCCUUUCCAGGUCAAGUUCAACCUCCGAGAAGCCCUGCUGUCUUUCCGCCUCGACCCCAACCCCCGUCUCAGCCCCAAACCCCCUUACAACCCCAAAAUCCGGCCACCUCCGAAUUGUCAUGUACGACUCAGAAUGGGUUGCCAGGAUUCUGCGCUUUACCUGUCUCCUGCUCUGCCUUCUAUCUCCAAUCGUCCGAAUGUGCCUUGGGGAAUGGGAUCCCAGGAAUUUGCUGUCCUCAGCAAUCAUCUAAUCCCACGGGUAGCGGAGUGGUGAUUCGGGAGCUGCAACGAGUCGUUCCCAUCCAAGACUUCUCCGGUAACCAAUUGGAGGCAGCAGGGAAUUUUGGUCUCGGGAUGGUGGCAGGUAUCGACCAAAUUUCCACGAGAUUGCUGGAUCAAGGGAAAAUCGCGGAGCCUCGGACUCCAGCCGGCUACCAUCAGAAUUUCUUCCAGACAGACAGAAAAGCCAUUCAAUUAGCCAAGGAUGCCAUGGUCGGCGUGGAAACGGCCCGGAAUCUCUCCCGACAAUACAAUCUGAACCCGGAGCAGGCAGCGUUUGGUCUGCAGAAAUUCACAAUGUUGAGGACGUCGGCGUCCGGCAGAUGUCUCCCAAUGGGGACAAUCACGGACUCCUAUGCAACGCCUUCUANCGGUCGGAGUCUUCUCCCUCUCCAAACGGAAAGAGGAGACGAUUGCACGGAACCCCAUCGGGGGAUACAUUGCUUUGCUGCCGGGGACACGAGAGUGAACGAGAUGGCAAGCCUGGCCGUCAUCCACACGAUCUUCUUCCGACAGCACAAUCGGAUCGCCGGAGAACUCCAGCGACUGAAUCCCACUUGGAAUGACGAGAGAUUAUAUCAAGAAGCCCGAAGGAUCGUGGGGGCUCAAAUUCAACACAUCACCUAUAACGAAUGGCUACCAGUUGUCCUC